AUGGUUACGACUUACGUAAUACACCAACAAGCUUUUCUUUAUACUGUUAUCUAUGCAAGUCCUAGAGAAGAAAUUCGGAAGAGACUUUGGGAUGAUUUACUUCAGUUAUCAGAAGAUAUCUCGGUUCCUUGGUUAAUUGCAGGUGAUUUUAAUGAAAUUGCCUUUCCAAGUGAGAAGCGUGGUGGUGCUCCAGUUGAUACUAGCAGAUAUCGAGCUUGUAGCAAUGCUGAAUGGAGGUUGAUGUUUCAUGAAGGCCAGGUUCGAGUGCUUCCUCGUAUUAACAGUGACCAUAAUCCUAUCCUUAUUACCUUAGAGCCAAGCAAAGUUGAUGGGGUGGAACGCCCUUUCCGUUUUCAUUCUUUUUGGUUGGAUCAUCAAUUUUUUAACAAUUUCAUCAAGAAAAACUGGCGUCAGGAUCAAAGAACAGUUGAUAGUCUUCGUGAUUUCACUCCUCUUAUUAAGCAGUGGAAUAAAGAUGUGUUUGGUAAUAUCCAUCAUAAGAAGAACAAGUUGAUUGGUAGGCUUGAAGGUAUCCAGAGGGCAAUUUCUGAGCAGAAUAAAAGCCAUUUAGAAAAGAUUGAAGGCAAGAUAAGGGGUGAACUUGAACAAGUUUUAGAACAGGAGGAACUUUUGUGGUUUGAAAAGUCUCGUGCUACUUGGAUAGCUCAAGGAGAUAGGAAUACAAAGUACUAUCAUACAAAAACAAUUGUUAGACGUAGAAGGAGCAAGAUCUUGGAGUUGAAAGAUGAUGCUGGAAACUUGAUUAGAGAAGAUCACAACAUUGCACGGGUAAUAAAUGCUUACUUCUCUAAACUAUUUUCUGAAGAAAACCAUGAUCGUCUUUGGGUCCAGACUCUUUGGCCAAAGGUGGAUGAUGAGACUGCUAUUAACUUAGGUGCUCCAAUUUCAAAAGAUGAAGUCAGACGAGCUUUCUUUUCUAUGAAAGAUUCGAAAGCUCCAGGGGAGGAUGGCUAUACCGCAACAUUCUACAAAAAGAACUGGGAAUUUAUUGGUGAACAGAUUUGGAGAGAUAUCAAGUAUUACGCAGAAAACCCUUCCAGCAUUGAGGAAGUCAACGGUACUCUGAUCACUUUGAUCCCCAAAGUUCCUAAGCCAAUGUAUGUUUCUCAAUUCAGGCCUAUUUCUUUGUGUAAUGUCAUUUAUAAGGGUAUGAGCAAGAUCAUUGUGGAUAGGCUUAAGCUUACAAUGGAGAAUUUAGUUUCUCCUUACCAAGCUAGCUUCGUGCCAAAUCGUCAGCUUCAGGAUAAUAUUAUAGUAGCAAAGGAGCUGGUUCAUUCUAUGGGGAGAGUAAAAGGAAAGAAAGUUGCUGCAAGGAUUGUCAACAGAAUGGGCUUUAAGCGCACUUCUAGUAUUGGCAGAUAUUUAGGCUCUAUUGUUAAACAAGGGAGAUAUAUUAAAGCAGACUAUGGAGCUAUCAAGGAUAGGAUACGUUCAAAACUGGAUGGUUGGAAAAGCCAUUGCCUUUCUUUUGCUGGUCGAGUUACUUUGGUGAAAUCAGUCAUUGCUGCAAUCCCUUCUUUCCAUAUGCAGAAUGGUCUUUUACCAGUAACGUUUUGUGAUGAAAUUGAGCAGAUACAAAGGGCUUUCAUUUGGGGAGAUCAGGAUAGCAGAAGGCGGGCUCAUUUAGUGUUAACUAAGAAAGAUGAUUUAUGGGUUAAGAUUUUAGUAGCCAAGUAUGGUAGAGGUCAAGACUUAAGGAGAGGUAUAAAGGCAAAAUCAUAUGACUCUAAACUUUGGUGUGAUCUUGCUAAAUGUUGGAGUAAUUUUCUUGCUGGUCUUAGAUGGGAAAUAGCAUAUGGUUCUGAAGUAAAGCUUUGGACUGAUAACUGGUUGGGAUGGGAGGAAAAUUUGCAGCAGUUGUCGAGCAAUCAGGUGCCGUGGGAGGAGAGUCAGAAAUCAAUUGCAAAUUACAUGGUGGAUGAUGGUUUCCGUCUUGAAGUUGUUCAUCAAUUUCUGGAGUCAGAUUUGGCUGAUGCAGUAACAAAUCAUCUCUGGCUUAUUCCAAGGAAUGGGGAGGAUAGAUUAGUUUGGAUCAAUAAUCAUCACUCAACUUCUUUGGUUAAGGUCGCUUACUGUAAUCUUAUGAACUUCCCAGCAGAUGUUCACACUAGCUUAUGGAAAAAAGUUUGGUCGUGGAAUGGACCUGAACGAGUGAAAGUGUUUAUGUGGAUGACUUUGCUUGCUAAACUUUCAGUGCGCAGCAGAACCAAUUACCUACCUAAGAAAGAGUGA